AUGCGCCCUCGGUGGGCGAUCUUGCUGACGUGGGUGAUCGCUGGAAUCGCGGAGGCGACGACGAGACGGGAGCCUGCCGGACAAAAUUUGAUCAUUCUCUUAAUCGACGGUUAUGGAGCGGCACUGCUCAACAAAACUAAACCCGAAUCAUUGAUCGGAAUUCAGAAAGUUGCCGACAAUGGAGUCCAAGCCGAAUACAUCCGGCCCGUCUUUCCCACGCAUUCCUGGCCGAACUGGUUGAGUCUGGUGACAGGCCUGUAUACGGAAAACCACGGGAUGACCGCCGACUACAUGUGGUCCCAGGAGAAAAAGCUGUCUUUUGAGCGAGGCAGUGGCCCCAACGACACCGACGACCUCUGGUGGCAAGGUCUCCCGGCUCCAGUUUGGUAUACGGCCGGCAAGAAGCGGGUGGAUGUCCACUGCUAUUACUUUGCGCAUUGUCAUCGCGUCAACGGUGACUUGAUCGUGAUGGUGCCACCAGAAAGGGUUAUGGAUUUGUCAUACCAAGAUCAGACCGCAGAUCUGGCUGAACAUUUUGCACCUAUUGUCAGAAAAAUCUCGAGGCAUCAGCACAAGAGACAACAACUUGUGCUCAUGCGCUACGGUAACUUGGCAAAUGCCAUUAGGGAAUUCGGAGAAGGCAGUGAUGAAGUCGAGGGAGAGUUGAGCCGGAUUGAUCUGCAUAUUCACGAUCUGCAGAAGAAGCUCGAGGAGCAGAAGCUGGACGAGUCGACGAACCUGAUCAUCGUCAGCGAUCAUGGCCUUGGCAAAGUUCUCGAAGAGGAGCAGUACUUCCUGGAAGAAUGCCUCUCAGACUAUUCCAAGGUCACCAAGUUGGUCAACAGCCACGGCAUGGUCAUGGUGUUCACCAAGCCGGAUGAUGAAUUCAAUAUCUUCUACGAGUUCAAAGUGUGCGAGCAAUGGGCUCCACAAGGAGAUUAUGAUGAGGAUGAGCAACAGCCCGUAGUAGUUUACAGAAUGGCCGACAUCCCCGAAAAUCUGCGAUGGGCCGGCUCGAGAUUCAUGUCCGGAAUCGUGCUCAUCACCCGACCGGGGGUUACUGUCGUAUCGCGUGAGCUCCCCUCAAUCCCCGCGGAAGUCUCUACCACCGUAAAAGCAGUAGGUGGCUGGGAGCCGGACAGCCCGGAGAUGCGGGGCAUCUUCUUGGCCAAGGGGCCUGCCUUCAAAGUCAACGAGAAGUACGGUCCGAUCGACAUGGUUGAUGUUUAUCAGGUUGCCCUCAACAUCCUCGGAAUCGAGCCCCCACACCCUCAUAACGGCACCUGGUCCCAGAUUGAGACAAUGCUGGCCGAGGGAUGCCAAACACCCUUUGGCUGCCGACAGCUGGUAAAAGAACGAUGGAGAAAUUACAGGGACGAGCGGCCGAACAGCGAAAAUGCCAUCAGCAGCCGAUUCUCCGUUUCCGGUCUAAUUUCCGUUGUCUCGAUCUUGCUCCUCCGAUUGCUACUU